AUGAGUUUUUUUGCCUCUUGCAUCGACCGAAUUGAACCUUCCACCAGCCAUGAAAUCGAGGAGAGUGCAAUUGAUUUGAGGACUAAACGUGAGUACUGUAAAUUAAUGAUACCAUAUUAAAUUUUGAGAUAUUUUUUGUGAAAAAAACUGAAAAUUAUUUUGUGAGGCUAACGGCGGAGACAUUUUAUACGAUCAAAUGUGUCUUUCAAGAAAGUUUUAAAGUCGCUUAAAAUUUAUUUUUUAGGUUCGAAAAUACAAAUUCUUCACUCAGAAGAUUUUCUGCUGUCUAUUCUUUGAUAUUUGAGGGUUAUUUUUCGGUUUCCCGAUCAAAAAUUAUAUUAUCCAUGACAAAAAUUUUGAUCAAAUUUUAGCUAAAAUUUAAAAUUUGGACUUUAAGAAGGCUAAUUUAUGAUACUAGACUAUUCUUUUCUACUCUUACUUGUUUUUUGAUCAAAAAUUAUAUUAUCCAUGACAAAAAUUUUGAUCAAAUUUUAGCCGAAAUUCAAAAUUUUUACUUGAAGAAGGCUAAUUUAUGAUACUAGACUAUUCUUUUCUACUCUUACUUGAUUUUUUAUCCAAAAUUAUAUUAUCCAUGACAAAAAUUUUGAUCAAAUUUUAGCCGAAAUUCAAAACUUUUGGACCUGAAAAGAGCCGUUAAUGUGUUUAAAAUUCAAUUCUACGCCACAUCCUUUCCAAUUUCAGGGAUUCCCUACCAUUCCGAGCAAUUUUCGGCGCUCAGAAAUUUCAUCCAUCAGGUCCGGAAGGAGCUGUAUUCAACGCCCCUCCUGCAACGCGACUACCUCCCAAAUCUCGGCUCGCACGAGUUCUCGCACGCAGCGAGGCGAUUGUGCUUCGGUCCGUCGCAUCCCAUCCUCCAACAGCACCGUAUUUUGGGCAUCCAGACCAUCGGCGGAUACGGCGCCCUUCAAGUGGCGGCCCAUUUUUUGGCCCGAAAAGUCCAUCUGAACCGAAUUUAUAUCCCACAACCGACUUGGGGCGAACAUCACGACAUUUUCGCAUCCUAUGGAUUCCUAGUGAUAGGGUUGGGGUGGAAGAAAUGCGAUGAAAUCGGAUGCGGAUUCAUUGAGGAGGUCCGAAAUGCGGAGAAGAGGUAAAAUAAAGUCGGAAAUGGAAGUUGAAGCAAGAAUUUUGGGUUAAAAAAUAUUUUUUAUCAAAUUUUAUGAGUUUUUACGCAAGUUUCAACAGUUAAAUCGUGUCUUUUUGAAAAAAAAACUUUCAAAGUUUAGUCAUCAAAGAAAUUUUUUUUUUUUUGAAAAAAGGUUAUUUUGGUGUUCUAAACAAGAGAAAAUGAUAAUUCAAAGCACAAUCCGGAAUUGGAUUUUCGAUUUUUCAAAAAAAAAUAGAAAAAAAAAUUUGCACUGUGCGGAGAAAAAGAGCUUUUAAUUUUCCGCACAGUGCAGAAAAAACCCCAUUUUGCACAGUGCAUUUCACCGUUAGUUUGGUUUUCGCACCGUGCAUCGAAAUAUCGCCGCGACACAUUUCAUUUUUUUUCAACUGCCUCGUCGCGAUUUCGCUCAAAUUUUUCCACAGUGCAAACGGAUUUUUUGUGGUUUGCACGGUGCGAAAAGAGAAAAAAAUGCACUGUGCGUUGGCGACAAGCGUGGGAAAAUGUUCAAAAUGCAUUGUGCAAAAACAGCGUUUGUGAAGUUUGCACGGUGCAAAAAGAGAAAAAAAUGCACUGUGCGUUGGUGCCAGCGUGGGAAAAUGUUCAAAAUGCACUGUGCAAACGGUUUUUUUUGUGUUUUGCACGGUGCGAAAAGAGAAAAACUGCACUGUGCGUUGGCGACAAGCGUGGGAAAAAAAUUCAAAAUGCACUGUGCAAACAGCAGUUUUCAAAUUUGCACCGCGCAAAGUUCAAAAUGCACUGUGCGAAAGAGAGCAAAUGUCCAUGCACUUUAUGAAAAUACUAAUAUCCGGAAUUCAAAUUCGGAUUUUUCAAAAAAAAAAAAAAAAAAAUUUGCACUGUGCAAAAAAAUAAAAACAAAAUUUUCAUCUCCGCACAGUGCAAAAAAAAUUUUUUUUUUUUGAAAUUUCCAACAAUCAUCUUCAAUUUUCCAGAUCCGCGAUUCUUCUCCAGCCCUCAGCACACAAUCCGACCGGACGAAAUCUCUCCAAAUCCGAGUGGAUGGAGCUUUUCGAGGUGCUGAUUGAGAGAGAAAUCGUCCCGUUGUUCGACAUGGCCUAUCAAGGGCUUGGCCAAGGCCUGGCGGAGGACGCGUGGCCAAUCCGAGAGUUCGCCAAAACGGACCGCGAAUUUUUGGUGGCCCAGUCGUUCGCGGCCAACUUUUAUUUGUUCGGUAGGGUUACUGUAAUUUUUUGAAAAAAAUUUUGUUUCAAAAAAAAAAUUUUUUUUUUGAUUUUUUUAUUUUUAAAUACUCAAAAAUCUCAUUUUUUAAUCGCCUCUUUUCAGACGAAUCACUUGGCCAUCUGAUCUGCGGGAUUUUGCCGAACCAACCGCAGAAAGUCAUCGAGAAUACGUACACAACUUUUGCCCGAAUAGUCCAAGUUAAGUGGGCCAACCCGGCGUUUUUCGGAUGUCGAUUGGUGGCGGAGGUGUUGGAGUCGCCAAAACUCCUCGAAGAAUGGAAAAAUGCCCUCAGGGCGGUCAGAAAUGAGCUCGACAAUGAGAGAAAUGCACUAAAAAUGGCGCUGGAAACGCGAAAAUUGGCUGGGCCCGCAAAAUGCCUGGGGCAAUCGCAAGGAAUUUACGUUCAAAUUGAGCUUCAAGGUAUGUAGUUGCAGUAUACAAUUGAAAUCUGAGCCUAAUUUGAAGAGUUGGGUCACAAAUUUAUAUUAUGCUAGAUAGACCGGAGACCAAUUUCAGACGACGAAAUUCGAAAGCUCCGCAGCGAUCAUAGAGUAUAUGUGGAAGAAAAUGGAUCGUUGUGCCUUGCCAACUUCAACAACACCAACAGAUCGCUGUUUUGUGACGCUUUGGAACAAGUUUUGUCAUCCAAUUCCAAUAACAAUUACCAGGAAAAUGCACCUCUAAAUUGA